UGACAGUCUAUGACAAUGCACGACUAGCUGAUUGAGGGUUACAUCCAGCGCUCACAAAAGCAAGAAGAACAAGGACAAGAAGAAAAGCAAGCGGGGUCUAUAUGAAUACUACGCUCGCUCCAUUCCCCAGGGCAGUGGCGCUGUCAACUGGGAAGGCCUGGUGCACGAUGGCGUUCACGUCGCUGAGGACAUCUUCGAGGACGGCCACAAGCGCGAGCUGUAUGACCUAAUGGCUCGCUCAGUCCCGGCGGGCAGCGGUGCCGUAAACUGGGAGGGCCUGGUUACUGACGGUGUCCACGUCGUCAAAGACAUCUUUGAUGAUGGCCACAAGCGCGAGCUGGAUGACUUGAUGGCUCGUUCAGUCCCGCUAGGUGGCAGUGGCGCCGUAAACUGGGAAGGCCUGGUACAUGACGGUGUCAAUGUCGUCAAGGACAUUUUCGAUGAUGGAGACAAGAAGAGCAAGCGCGAGCUUCUCGAGCUCAUUGCCCGCGCCGUGCCAUUGGGCAGUGGUGCAGUCAACUGGGAAGGCCUCGAGAAGGAUGGCGUCUCUGUCGUCCAUGACAUCUUCGAGGACAAGAAGAAGACCAGGGAGUUCGUCGAUGUCUUCGCACGCGACUCGGCCGGUAUGCAUGCACCAGGUCGUCUCAGCUACUACCCGAGUAUGCACAGGCCUAUGGGUGCGUCUCGCCUUCCGAGGCCGCACAGACCCCACUAUUCGCACCAGGGAGACUUCUAAGGGAUACGCGCUGUGGAUCAUGACACCAGUUGGAUAGUUUGGUGCUAAGUUAGCCAGUGGAGAACAUAGCGUAGAAUAUUGUUCACGUCGAGUUUUCGAAUACUAUGAUGCUCGAUGGAGGAGCUCACCACAUUUGCAUAUCUGCACCUGUUUAGACAACACUUUCGACGCGUAUCA